AUGGCUACUUUGGGAGGCUACCUCAACAAAAAGGUGCUGAUUGUGACGGCGGACUCGCGAAUCCUGGUUGGAGAGCUGGCAGCUUGUGAUCAGUCGACAAAUCUAGUCCUCAAAAAUGCCGUGGAGAGAAUCAUCCGAACGCCCGACGACCCAGAGCCUUCCGCCGAGGUCCCUUUAGGCCUAUAUCUCGUCCGAGGCGACAAUGUCUGCUCGGUUGGCCUGGUCGACGAAACGCUGGACGAAAGCAUCGACUGGACACAGGUGAAGGGCACAGUAAUAGGAGGCAUCAAACACAUUUAG